AUGACAGAAAAUGUGGAUCGUGACGAUGAUCCAUGGAUAGAGGCUCUUUCGCAGCGGCGUCCAGGUACGAACGACCUAGUAAUUAGUUACAAACAAUCAACAAGUAAGCCACGAGAUUUAGAAGAAAUGAAAGGUGAAAAAUGGACAACAGAUAAACAACAAAUCAAUGACUACUUUCAAAAUUCAAUGCAAUGUACAAAAUGUCAACGUGGUCUAAUGGAUGAACAAAUUCGUGUUGAAAAAGCAACCAAAAAUUGGCUGGCAAUGACAACGGUGACAGUUGAUGUUGAAAUUAAUUGUCAAGUCUGUCACAGUUAUACGUUAUGGAAUUGUUGUUAUUGGUAG